GGUGGCAGUGGUGGCGAUGCGAGCGAGCGAGCGAGGGAGCGAGCGGGAGUGAGUGAGUGAGCGAGUGAGUCAGUAGUAGCGGAAUACCCGGUGGUGCUGGAGGGUGCCGGGCGCGGUGGCUCUGGCGUCGGUGUACAAGUGUGUGUCUUGUGUCGUCGCGGCGGCGGUGGUUCUCACGCGGCCGCUCUCGACCCUGUUUUACGCGGGGGAAGGCAAGCGAUGAACAAUAUUUUUAUAGUGUUUUAUAAGAAUUUGUUUUAAUCGUCACGCGAAGUACCUGAAAAGAGAUUGUUAAGUUUUGUAAAGUAUGAACAUAGAUAUAGUGUGAUAGUGCUAUUGUGAUGUUACCUGAUCAAGAGGAGAGCAAGCGUUAAGCCGAGCGCGCCCGAGCCCCAUCGCGCCAUGUUGAGCGUGCAAGCCAUGAUCCACCGCCAGGAGGCCGCCACGCCCCUGCGCAAGCCGGACAAGGCCUCCAACCGGCCCGACUCCAGCGGCAGCGGCAAGGGCAGGAACAAGCGCAAGGCCGGCAAGAAGAAGCGCGACGCGGCGGCGGGCGGCGACGACGCCAUCGGGGACAUCUUCGGCGAGGUGCGCCCGCCGCCGCCAGGCAAGGGCGAGGCGGAGGGCCGCGCCGUGGUGGCGCGCGAGUGGCUGCUGCUGCGGAACACGGAGGCGGAGCCGCAGGGGAGGCUCCCUGCCGCCCUCGCGGGGGACGCGGACGCUGGUCGUCGCAGGGCGGACCCCGGCCACAGCCACGUCCCCAUCAGGAAGAAGGAUUCUCGGGCGGGGAAGAGCAAAAAGGACGCCAACGGGAACGUAAGGAUACUCAAGGAUUCCAAAACCUGCGGUGAGGACGCGGCGGCCACUGCACCCGCGGAUACCACCGCGAGAGGCAGCGUGGGCGCAGGAGGAGAAGCCCGCGAAGACGCGAGCAGGACGGCGCAGGGGAGAGAGGCUCCGUUCUCGGCCGAGGGCGCAGGGCGGCUCCAUUCGCAGCUGGACCCCACAGACGGCACGCCCACGAAGGAGGUGGUAAUCAUAGACAAGCGACAGCCGCAGGAGAGCGCGAGGAAGAGCCGUCACGGGGCGGCGGACGCGCCCUCCGACAAGAAGGAGCGGCGUGCCGGCGUCGGCAAGAGCUCGAGCGUGAAGCGCCACAGUUCCGGCCGGAGCACGGGGUCGGAGGGGAGCACGCUGAGGAGGCUGCGGGGGCGGACCACGCAGCGCAGCAGCGCCGCCACGCAGACACCGCCAGGGUCGCACACGGACCUCCACAAGUGCGCGCCGCCGCCGGACAACCGGCGGGGUUCCUACAGGAGCCACGAGGUGCCGGGGGCGCACAGCGCAGAGCACAAGCCACACGAGGAGCCGCCACGUCGAGACAUCUCCGUGGGCAUCCCCGGAGCCGCGCUCCUGCUCAAGCUGGUCAUGCCGCGAGACAAGCGCUUGAGCAGGCACUCCGGGGGCUCGCCCUCCAGGGACAUGCCACCAACCACCUCCCCUGCCGUGACUCGGACGCCCGCGUCGCCUCCCCUGCCGUGGUUCUGGCCGCCUCUCCGUCACGUGGAGGCCGGCAACCCUGCCCACCCGAUGCCUCCGCUGACGCAGUCGAGUCGGCGAGGCGGCGUGGCCGUCGGAGGAGGGGAGGCGGAGGCGGCGGGCGGCUGGUCGCCCGUCAUGGAACGCGUCGUGCCCUUCCCUCCGAGAGCGGCGCCGCCCGUACCGCGGCCGAUUCAGGGAGACCAGCUGAGUGUGUCCAGCAUGAACAGCAGCCUCGCCGGCCACACGUAUGAGCAGGUCAACUUCGUCAUAGAGCCUCCCAUCUCAGAGGGAAGGGAAAACGAGUACGAACUCGAUAACGUGGGCGCACGAGGGGAGGCGUUUCCUUCUAGUAUACACGAAAAAAAUUCCUUUCGGGAGAACACACCCGAAUUUCUGCGGCCGAUGGCCCCCCCGUGGCAAGACUCUGCUCUUGGAUCAAGAAGGCGUCCCAGCGACGACCAGUGUUGGCCAGAUCCACUGGAAAAAACAGCAAGACAACCCAUUGUUCUCCCAGGUCAGGAUUCGGUCCAGGCAUCGGGGAGACGACGGCCCUCGAGCAAAAGGAAGCGGAAAAAAUCGCGGUCUGCGGCGACCACGACAGACGAUUCUUUAGUCAGCAACAGUGGCUUUCAGCAGGAUCUCCAUCUGAUGAAGGAAGGCAGCGUAGAGCGCUUGGGGAGGCGUGGAUCCUGGGAGGAAGUCAGGAGGGUUCCGCCGGCGUUGUCUUACAACCGCAGAAGCAGUUCUUCCACCAUACCCGAAGAAGCACGCCCUCCCGUCACAAGUGCGAGUGACAGAAGCAGUGGUUUGCGAGGCACGCACACUCUAACCAUAGACAAACCUCUAACGGUGGUGGUCAGUGAGGAUAAUUUGCAGAUGACGAGUUCGGUCUCGGUAAGCUUACCCAUCUAUCAUAACGCCUCCUCAUGUGAUGAUGACUCGGGUCCCUUUGAAGCGCCCAGAGAACCAGCAGAGCCAACAGCAACAAAAGAUGUAAAAAUUAUACACAGGCUGCUAGAUAUUGUGAACCAGGAGCAAGCGAAGGUCACUCACUCGCCCCCCGGCCAGCGGCACAACGUUCGCCGCCGCGGACUCUACGUCCCCCUCGAUCCCGAGACGGACACGGAAGUCAGAUCGGAAUCGGAAACCUUUGUGAGCAGCCAGGAAGCCUCGGAGCUUCGUUUGUCGGACCAGGGCUCACUGAGCUCCUCCUGUAUUAGAUAUAAUGUUACUCCACAGCCGUCCGAUUCUUGUGUGGACCUUGAGAGCUCCUCUCUGUCUUGUUUAGAAUUAGACAGCAGCUUGGAGCCAUUUGUCCCACCUAACCUAGAGCGUGAAGAUAGUGAGCAGUCAUUUGUAGUGCUCGGGGGCUCUCCGUUAUCUCUGGGAGGCUGUGGAGGUACUCCACAAUCCCUUGGUGGGCGUGAGAGCACUCCGCAGUCUGUGGGAGGGCGUGAGGACACUCCACAAUCUCUUGGUGGCCGUGAGGGCACUCCACAAUCUCUUGGAGGGCGUGAAGGUACUCCGCAGUCUACAGGAAGGCGCGGUGGAACUCCACAGUCUCUCGGCGGACGUGGAGACAGCCCACCGUCCUGCACCGAGGGACCGAAAGCCCCAAGCCUGUAUGCGAAGCGUCUUGGAGCGUCUGAGCCCUACCUGAAUCGCCGGAACAGCCUCAAGACGUAUGUGGACCUCAAAGCCACUUCGAAUCGAGAGAACGAGAAGCCUCGAAGUGACAUGUCCCUGGAGGAGAAAGUAGAGAGCUUGGAAGCGUCGCAAGGGCGGCGGUCGUGGGAUCGCGGGGACCAACUUCAGUGUCCAGUUCAUGGGACCGCCAUUCCUUACCAGGUUGGCACCGCGGUUGCGCUACAACGCCGGCGCUUUCGGCGCGCCUCGCUCCCCGCCCAGGUCAACCCCGAGCCGCGCCCGUCCCUCCUGCAGCGGAUAAAGAGAACGCUCAAGAGGAACAAGCAUCCCGAUGUGCUGCCCGACGAGUUUCCGUUCGGAAUGAGCUUCGAGCGCCGGCUCUCGGAGAUCCUGCCGCCGCCGGUGCUGGAGUCCCCCCAGUCCCCGCCAGGGGUCGCUUGCUCGUGCCCUGACCCCGUCGAGGACUUCAGGCGCUUUCGGCCCCGCGUAGGGUCGCUGGCGUCGGCGGUCAGCAGCGACGAGGAGGACAAGACGCAGCGGCCGCCCACGCCACAGGAUGGAUGUGAGCGAUGGCGUUUGGAGGGCGAGGUGUGCCGCCUUCAGGAGGCGCUCGGGCAACGCCUGGGUACUCCUGCUAUGAUGGUGCGGCGCCGUGAUCACCGUCUGCAUACUAUCAACACAAUUGAAAAGACUAUCCAGCGGUUGCAGCAGGACGCCGUCAGGAACCACAACAACCAGAACAACCAGAAUCACUUGCAAGACCAACAGAGAGGUUCUUCACCUGUGGAACACCCUUCAGACAUCAUGGAUGCUGUGAAUGCUAACCAGGCUCCCGAUGAGGAUGGCACAACGGAGGAUAUCAGUGAGAUCCGGGAGUUGGACUCACUGCAGUCAGAUACGCUGACUAUCCAUUCAGCAGAUGGGGGUAGCCAAGGUAAGGGCAGGACAGCUGCCGCAGGCCAACAGGAUGCGGACAAGGCUGAAUGCACUCGAGAGAAGCUGUUCCAACCUCACCAGAUUCCUACAGGGAAAAUGCCACCAGCCAUUGAGGCAGUUCUGAGGGGGACGUGGCCAUUUGAGAAGGCACUAUGGCACUCGAGUCCUGCAUCCAUGGGCAUGCCCUUCAAGAAUAAUAAUCAGGAGGUGCCUGGCAUUAUGGCAACAUCUAGUGUAACAAAUAGACGAGCGCAGAGCACGCAGCAGCUUCUUACAAAUAAGGUGGAAAUGGUCUAUGGCCUUUUGUCCAUGUUCUCCUCGAGUGACAGAGAUGACAUGAGCCGUACUCUGCUGGCUAUGUCCUCCUCCCCAGACUCCUGUGUGGCCAUGAGGCAGUCUGGAUGUCUACCCUUACUUAUACAGCUGUUGCACGGAUGUGACGGAGAUGUUCCGCCUACAAGAGAGACGCGGCUAAGAGCAGCACAAGCCCUUCACAACAUUGUCCAUUCUCAUCCAGAUGACAAGCGUGGACGAAGGGAAGCUAGGGUACUUAGACUCCUAGAGCAGAUUCGGGACUACUCAGACUACUUGUACGAGCGUUUGGAGCGCACAAGUGCAGGCCGUGGACCCCUGCUGGAGGAUGAUAUGGAUCGGCACCCUUGUCCUGCAAUGGCUGCGCUCAUGAAGCUCUCGUUUGAUGAGGACCACCGGCAUGCUAUGUGCUCACUUGGGGGCCUGCAUGCCAUCGCAGAGCUCAUAAGAAGGGACCAUGAUGGCCAUGGUUCUACUACAUCUGAUCAGUACUGCAUCACGUUGAGAAGAUAUGCAGGAAUGGCCCUAACAAACUUAACUUUUGGUGAUGGAACCAACAAGGCUUUGUUGUGUUCCUUCCGGUCAUUCCUGCGAGCACUUGUGUCACAGCUGCAUUCGCCAAGUGAGGAUCUGAGACAGGUUACAGCAAGUGUGCUACGUAAUCUGUCAUGGAGAGCAGAUGGAGGAAGCAAAGCAAGCCUGCGUGAUGUAGGAGCAGUUUCAAUUUUGAUGCAGGCAGCUCUCAGUGCUCGUAAGGAGUCUACUUUGAAGGUCAUUCUCUCAGCUGUCUGGAACUUGUCUGCUCACUGCAGCAUUAACAAGGCUGAAAUAUGUGCUGUGGAUGGAGCAUUAGCAUUUAUCUGCAGUACUCUUACCUACAAGUCUCAAUCUAAGACUCUAGCAAUUGUGGAGAAUGGAGGAGGAAUACUCAGGAAUAUUUCUAGUCAUAUUGCUGUCAGAGAAGAUCUCAGGCAGGUGCUGAGAGAACAUAAUACUCUAAGCAUACUUUUAGGUCAGCUACGUUCACCAAGCUUAACAGUUGUGAGCAAUGCCUGUGGAACUUUAUGGAACCUUUCAGCCAGGUGUUCACAGGACCAGCGCACAUUAUGGGAGCUUGGUGCUGUUCCUAUGUUAAGAUCACUCAUUAAUUCAAAACACAAGAUGAUAUCAAUGGGGUCAAGUGCGGCACUAAAGAAUUUGCUACAAGCGAGGCCAGAGGGAAUGCCCUUGACUGACCCACGUCAUGGCAUGGGCCUCCCAUCCUUACAGGCUCGAAAGCAGAAAGCCUUAGAACAGGAACUAGAUCCCUCCCUCUCAGAGACAUGUGACAACAUUGAAACCUCACCAAGAGCUUCACCAACCCAUCCACAAGGCAGUGAUCCACAUUUUUAUGGACAGCCUGGUGAUGGUCCACAGUAUUACCCAGGGGCACGGCCAAUGUUCCACUCCUUAGGGGCACAGUAUAAUAAUGUCCUACGAUCUGAGAGCAGGGACUCAAUCUCCUCAACCCAUUCUGACAACUCCCAUGACCGAAUGCGGCAGUUGCUGAUGCGUCACCAAGCUGGCCGUGAGCCCCUUGUGGAGAAUGGAGGAAGGCCCUUGGAUGGCAGACCCCUUGAUCUAUCACUUAGGUCCAUGGCUCCUCCAUCCCAUGGUCUCCCAGACAUUGCAAGGAUGAGUCAGGAUGAAUUACAGAGACACUUAGAUUCCCAAGAGUUUAAUGGAAGUGCUGAUGAGAUAUUUGCUUCUCGAGUUCGUAACAUGAAAGAUAUUUACAAUCAUCAGCCAGGAGAUUCAGGGCAAUUCCCUGACUCCACAGGGAGCAGCGGGAGCAUUCCCAGAAAUGGAGCAUUCCGUGGACAAGGCCCUCAGCCACCAUACAGCCCAACGGCAACCCGUCGGCGAUCGUCAAGCACAAGUGACGAAGAAAGAACUGGAAGUGGAAGAAACUUUGCCAAUGGACAGCAGCCCCAUAAUGAGGCCCAUUAUAACAUCUACAGUAAAUAUGUUAACUUUAGUAGAAAUCUUGCUGAAGUCAACAUUGAGAAUGAGUCGCAAAAAGAACCUCUUAAUUAUAGUUUGAAAUAUAAUGCUAGAAUAGCUUCAAAAACAUCUACUAAUGAAAGUAUUGCAAAUAUGUCUAAAACAGCAGAGCGACCAGAACCUCAGAUUGACAAUUAUGUCGGAGAAAGAAGAGAAACAAGGAAGACAGAAACCCAUAAAGAAGCUGACAGGGAACAAGAGGAUUUCACAGGGUACACAGAAACAGAUUUAGACCAGCCAACUAACUUCAGCCUGAGGUACUCCGAGGAACGUGACAGCGAUGAAGCUGCCUUGUACCGGCGCCCUCCAAAAGCCCCGCAAGAAACACCAUCUCAGUUCUUCGAGCCUUCUAUUCAUGAUGAUUCUGUCAAGACUUACUGCACUGAGGGCACGCCCUAUGAGACCCCCUACAACUUUUCCACUGCAACAUCUAUGACUGACCUCCGUGAGCCGGCCAUCAAGGAAGAGAUUGAGAGGGAGAAGUCUGUAUCUCCUGGUGAAGAGAAGAAGGAAAAGGACCUGAAGGUCGAUGACCUUGAGAACGUUGAGGACUCCGAUGAUGCGCGGGACACACUGGAGCCCCUUCCCUCUCAGACUGGCCUGCCUGUCAAGAGUGGUCUCAGCUCGGGCAUGAUGACACCUGACAAGCCCAUCACCUACUGUGUUGAAGGGACCCCAGUGUGCCUCUCAAGGUUCUCAUCUGUUUCUUCCUUAACAAGUGGAGAGAUCAAUGCCAAUAAUGACAGGGAUGGUCUGAUGGGUGACCUGUCUGAAGAUGGAGAGCAGAAGCCUGAAGUUGUGAGUCAGGAGAAGAAGGGGAGACUGCAAGAGCCAAGGAGGGAAGCCGAACAAGCUGACACAACCAGGGAUGGAAGUCACACUCCCUCCUCUCAGCAGCUGGAUAGACCUGAAGGCAAGAGUGUGCACUAUGAGGAAACGCCACUUAUGUUCUCGCGAGCCACGUCGGUCUCCUCACUGAGCAGCUUUGAGGUCCAGUCCAUCCAUGAUGAUCGCAGCUCUGUGGUCUCAGACUUCAGUCGGUUUACCAGUGGUGCCAUAUCUCCAAGUGAUCUGCCAGACUCCCCUAGUCAGACUGUUCCUCCUAGCCCCAAACGGUCUCGCCCACCAUCCCAACCAUUUAAGCCACCCCCCACUCAUACAGAGCCAAGAACAAGCACAGGUGUGUUCAGUGAGGCUCCCAAAGCCUGGGUGGAGGAGGGCACUCCCGUAGAAUUCUCUCGCGCCACUUCGCUCUCCUCGCUCACCAUUGAUGAUGAGCUCCCCCUCACUGUGGAUGUGGUUCCCAGGGACCGUCUUCGAGGUGAUGGCAAGGAUAGCAGUGAGAACACCGCGAGUGAAGGUUCCAGAGCGGCUUCGCGGGGGUCGCAGCGAGGGCUCCAGAUCCCUUGCUCCAACAUUCCAAGAUUCCACACACAGAAACAUGAGCAGCUAGAGUCUGAGGAGCAUGGUGAGGAUGAGCCUAAGGACAAGAAAGAUGAUGAAGUCGAGACCCGGUCCCGGGAGCACUCGCAAACGCGCUCAAGCACACACUCAGACUCUGAGAGUGAAAACAUCCUGGCGGAGUGCAUCAGCUCAGGAAUGCCCACCAGCUCACAACGUAGCAGCAAGCAAUAUAGUGGUCGGGGUCCCUCACGGAUUGGCAGGCCAGCGGCAGUCGCUGCCCCUAGGUCAAGCAUCCCAGUCGCCAAAGCCGCCAACCUGCCUACCCAGAUCCCAAGUGCCCCCACCCAUACCCAUGCCCAGCAGGUAGGACUGGUAGGCAUGCGAGUGGUGGUUGAAGAGGGCAUUGGAGGUGGGGUUUGGGGAGGAGACACUCUGCGUACCUACUGCACAGAGGACACACCUGCCAAUAUCUCUCAUGCAGCUUCCAUCUCAGACCUGUCUCAGCUGUCAAUUCCUGGUGAAGAGUCUAGCAAGGACCUGCAUGGCCCAAGCUUGCGUCCCAGUCUCAACGACUCUGGUGACAACUCCUCUGACAAUGACAACCUUUUGGAGCAGUGCAUUCAAUCUGCCAUGCCCAAGGCUCGUCCUGGUGCAAAGGUGAAGGAUGUUAAGAUUGGAGUGAAGCGUCAUGGAACAGGUCAUUUAUGCAGUCAUGGAGUUCCUCCUCCAACAGCCCCAGUUCUGCCAUCUCCAAGAAGGUCCCCUCAUCAUAGACCGGUACCAGUUGCCAGGGUCACUCCUGCUGUCAAGGUUGCUGGAACUCGAGUCUCACCACAUCCACCCAGUGGUAUCGAGGAUACCUCCAAGGAUCAGGUGCGGAUGUGGGCCACAGAGGGCACACCUGCCACUUUCUCUCGUGCAGAUUCCCUUUCCUCCUUGAGCUGCGAGGAUGAAAUGAACCGUGCCAGCCGGGAUCCUAGCCCUCGCACCCCACAAUCUCCACGGGCAAGGACUCCUCAGUCACCACAGCCUCAGGCACAGACAACUCGACCAAGGACACCUCAGUCCCCUCGCAUGCGAAGGUCUAGACAACAGCACAUGCAACAGCGAGAGCAAGAGAUGGUUGAGGAAGAUGAAGAAGUACCAAAGCAGUUUGCUGUGGAAGGCACACCAGGAGUAAUAUCUCGGCAUUCCUCACUAAGUUCGUUGGAAGGUGAUAGUCCAGUCAUUCAACCUCAAAAUGCACCACAAGCCACUGGAGUUCACAAAUAUGGAGUGGAAGAUACACCUGUCUGCUUCUCAAGAAACUCCUCUCUUAGCUCUCUGUCUGUUGACUCCUAUGGAGAAGAAACAACACCCACAGAACAGGCCUUACUGCAGCAGUGCAUCAGUCAAGGGAUGCCCAAGAGUAAAUCAGACUUGGAAGGCCGAAGGAAGCGUCGUGGAGGGUCACGCAUACCAGCCCCAUCUUCCCGAUCACCAGCACGUCUUGUACCUGGUGUCCCUAUGCAGAGACUUACUCUUUGUAGGGAACAACCAUCAUCCCCGUCAAAAAAUGUGGAGGCGACGGCGGCAGCUGUGGAGGAAGUGGAGACAGAUGCCGUCAUGUACACUCCGGACGCGGAGAGCUCGAAACUACGUACGGACUCGGAGCAGAGCGAGAAGAAUGAGAGAGCAUACAGACAUGUAGAGGAAGAGGAAAUUGAGGACGAAGAGGAGGAGGAAGAAAGUCAUACUGACCAUACAGAAAUUGAGUCUGUGAAGACAACAACAACUGCAGAAAUUUGUGAUCUCAAGAGUGAAGUAACAAGCGAAGGGAGUGCUGCUACAGUUGUGACCCAGCCCUUGAGAAAAGAAGAAAAAUCGCCUGUGGAACCUGAAGAGCAGCGUAUCAGUGAAGAAUCAGUGGAAGGCAUAGGAUCAUCUCCAGAGGAAAAACAAUCAUGGGAAGACCAAAGACGUUCUGGUGAUAAAUCAUCACCUUCUGAGGGAAGAGGAUCUGAUACCUCAGUAACAGCAUCCAUGUCCGAGUCAGGCCUAAUUGCAGUAGAAGCAAUGAAGGUAGCAAGAGCAGUUGCAGGAGAAGCAAAACUUAUGAGUAGUGAUGAAACAUCUCACAUGUCCCAUAGCAUGGCUAGUGCUGCUUCAGAUGCUUGUAUUGACAAUAUCAAGCCACCAUCAGCAAUGGGAAGUCUGGCUUCAAUGUCCAAUAGUCUCACAAGCAGUGCUGAGGAACGCCUGCCUCGCACUGGCAACCGUCGCUUAGAAUGCCGUCACACACGACGUCUUCCUGAAAUGGUGCGACGGGCACUUGCAGACCAGGAUUAUGGCUCUAAUGAAAACAUGGCUAGUAUGGCAAGCUCUUGCCAUUCUAACUUAGAUAACAUCCCACCACCAUCCAUGCUUGAUGAUGAUAUGGAAAACUCCAUGAUCAGUGUAGCCUCCAUAACUUCUGAGGUAGCAGAACAGCGCGAGUCACCGCCUUCUCCUCCUGUAGACCACACUGCACUGGUUGCUGCUCCUGCUCGCCAGCUGGCUGCUAUCUUCCGUCAGGAGGCCAUGAAUGCUGCAUCCACACUUACCUUGACAGGUGGAGAUGAAGCUUCAACCUACCAGGAGAUCACAGACAUCACUGAACAUGAAGAUACAGUUGGCCCUGCAAGCGACACAGAAAUGGCAGCAGAUGAAUUGCCAUCAGACAUCCCUGAUUUACCCCAAGAUGGCUUCUCUUCAACAUCUCAGUCUUCUCCCCACAGACUUGGCACACCCCGAUCUCGAAGACAGCAGGCAAAGGACAGGUUCCGAACCUUCACAAGAGGUGAUGGAGAAAUGUCUGAUGCAACACCAUCACAGGAUACAGAUCCAACUCUGGUAGAAGUUCUACCCUCAUCACCCUCCGUCACUCGAACACCAAAGCAGCGUCGCCAGGAUGAUUCUGAAAGAUUUAGAACUCGCACCAUUUCAACAGAUAGUACGCUAACUAACACUCCUUCAGAUAUGGGUUCCAUUGAAGCAGAAAAAGAAAAAAUCAGUCCACGAAGAUCUCCAAAAGAGAGACGUCAACAAGACCCAAGUCGUUUCCAAACUCACACCAUUAGUGAGAGUCCAGCCUCUCCAGAGACUGCCCAGGAAGCUGCAGGACUGAAAAUUGAAGAUCUAGAAACACCAUCGUCACCACCAAAGCUGCAGGGUAAGCAGUCCUUUAGGCAGCGAAGGCAGGAGGAUCGGGAACGAUACCAAACAAGAACCAUUGAUGUGCCAUUAUCUGACAUAACACCAGAUGCUGAAGCACAGGCUGUAGCAGAUGAAGACAAAGAAGGUGAUGGAACACUGGUUGAUUUCCAGGACAGUAAUGAGAUGCUUGAUUUAACAGCAGAACAACUAGAGGCAUUGCAGCAAGAUGCCAAUAUUGUAAUAUGUACCCUUAAUGAAACCAGGGAGGCUAUGACAAGUGAGUCAUCAGACCUUCUAAGUGAAGAAAAUAUAUUAGAUAUAGAAACGCUUAGCUUGAUAUCAAAUGAAGAUGAACUAGAUUUGAAAAAUUUUCUUAGGGACGCAGAUGAAGACCCUCCUGAUAAAGGAGAGGAGGAGGAAGAAGAGGAAGAGGAGGAGGAGGAGGAGGAGGAGGAGGAGGAGGAAGUGCAGCAAAUUCUGCGUCGGCCUAGAAUUGUGAAACCAGGAGAAGAGGCACCAAGGCCCAUUGAAGAGGAUGACGGUGCUGGGAAAGGCAUUCGGGGUCGAAGAAAACCAUUAUAUUCAAGUGCUCGUAAAUACAGUGCUACACCUGCGAAAACUGCUGCUACAUCUGCUAGUCCAGCCAGAAUUAUUCCAGUGCGCUCUACCCCUGGACGCCCUAGUUCUGCUUCUCCUGUAAAACCAUCUUCCCCAAAGCUUCCACGGGCAACUAGGGCAUCAGCUUUGCGACAAACCUCCAACAUCCAGAGAGGAGGAAGCAGUGGGGAGGAAAGCCCAACUGGGAGGGCCACAGGCUCUUCAGCAGGCAGCAGUGCAGGUUCUAGUCCUCGUUUAGGGCCUGCUGGGAGAGGCACAAUCACUCGACCAGCACGUUCUAAAUCCUUAGCAAGACCUGGCCCUGAUCCUCCGAGACCUUUGCGUCGUCAGAACACAUUUACAAAGGAUGAUAGUGAUACACCCUUAAGCCCAGAAAGAACAGUGCAAGUUGAGAGUAAAAAAGCAGCUGCACCUCUUCGGGGGAUCUCUAAACCAAGGAUAAGGAGGGACACUGUACAACCAAGCCCUUCAGUCCGAACUGCUAUUCCAAAGAGUGGUAGUCAGGACUUGAGUCCAACAAAGGGCCGCCCUCCACAGCCAAAGUCAACAAGCUUAACGCGUGAUGCCCGUCCACCAACGUCUAGUGACAUGGCUGAGUGGCGUCCAGACUCAAAAAAAACUGUCAAGAAGGAGGUAACUAGUCGCAUUGCUAAUUUAUGGAAGAAAGUUGAACGAGCACAAUCCAAACCAAAAGAGGAAAAGAGAGAUGGGCGUGUUUGGAUAUCACGACCAAAAUCAGCGGCAAAGGAAACUCCUCCUCGACCACUUGUGAGGAGUUCCACUUAUGAAAAAUUACCGGGUGUAGAGAGUUCCAGUGCGAGCAGUGACACGGGAAAGAGUAGAACUCGCUUAGGUCUUAAAUUAGCAAAGUUAAGAGGUCGUGACACCAGGUCCUCUCCACCAUCAGAGGCCACCACACCUGUAGAUUCACGUCCUCAUUGCUUAGUCAGCCCAACUCGGUCGAGAAUGGCAGAAGUUCAUGUGCGACAUUCAGAAACAGUACAACUUCGACAAAGACCAGCUACUCACCCUCCAGCUGUUGGACAAGGGGAGGAGGACAGUGAAGCCCGGGCGAAGAGAUUGUCUCGACUCGGUUCCUUUAUUGUGGUGGAGGAAGAUGGAAGAGUAAGAUCCCCACCACAGUCUGCCAUUGUUCCACCAUUCAAUUAUCAGCCUCCAGUUGCACCUAGAGUUAGGUCUGCAGUCGCGACUCGUAUACCUCAGCCUUCCAAAUCACUUCUUUCCAAUGCUCCCUGUGCCCGUGAUGACAAUGGAAAUGCCGCCGAUCCCUCGGUUGUGACGGGAACCUGGCGGCCCUGACCCCAACCCCCGCGCCAGACACACAGUGCCCAAGAUCCCCAAACAAAUACCCAUGGGGCGCGGGGGAAAGUGACAACAGAGACACUGGGCUGUUGAGCCCCUGUGAUCCUUAAUAAUUUAUGUUCUCUUAUUUACCAACCAUGUGUUUAAGCUCCACAUAGCCAUAUAAUGUUGUUUGUAGGAGAUGGACAUUCUCUCUAGCUAGUGACUGGUGCCUGAUAAUAUACAGGAGAGAGGGCCUUUACUGCCUCAGUACCCCUAUGAGAGUUUUUUGUUCCAGCAAGUCAAACCAAGUUACGGGCUUUACUCACUAACAGCAGCCUGGCACAUGAGCUACCCAACCGUGUACAUAGACUGCCCAUACCAUUUUAGUCAUGCAUUUCAAUCCUUUACUUUUAAGUGGCUUGUGUAUAGAAGAUUUAUUUUUACUCAAUAUUUUAGUGCAUUUCUCUGCAUUUAGUGUUCUUAUACCUGAAAAUUAUCAGUAAAGUAAAAAGAAAGAUAAUCCUCAGAUCAUAUUCCAGGUUUGUAUACUUUCCCAAAAUUCAAUCAAAGAUAAACUUGAUUUGAAGCAGUGGCUUGUGUAAGCCAGGAGUGGAGAUCUACAUAACCUUACACUUUAUCACGUUAUUUUACAGGAAGACUUAUAACAGCGUUUCCCUAUAGUGGCCAUCCAUGACAGCCCUCCAACUGUAAACCUCUGUUGGCAAAGCUUUAUGGUGCAUUUAUCAGUUUUUAUUGUUUUCUAUGGUCUUAAUUUCUAAUAAAUAAUUUAUUCAAGGUUUUAUGUGUUGAUUUCCUUUAUUUUCUGUUUUAGAUUUUUUUAAUGCUCUCAUUGUAUUAAGGAAUUUAUUUUAUUUAGCAUUGCUUUUGUUUGUUUUAUACAUUGAGGUCUUUCUAAACACAGCUGAAGAUUUAAUACUCUAUGUACUAUCAGUGAGAAAAUAUUCAUCUAUACUAAUCACUGAAUAGAUCUCCAUCCUUAUGUAUCACAUCCAGUACUGUAUUUAUCUAUCAGCUUACAUACAGCUACUUUUAUAGACUGAAGUACUGGAUAGUAAUUGUGAAAGUCCAGUUAGUUUUUAUAGGUUACUUGAGACCAGAAACUGCAAGCUUUAGUGGUAGAACACAAGAAAAUCAAGUUCUUAAAUUGCAAUACAGAAUCAAAUACAUUUGCCUCUGGGAAAAAGAUGAAGCUAGCAUAUUGUUCUUGUAAGAUGUACACAUUAGAGAUUUUCUAAGUAAUAGCGGUAAUCAUAAGUAAUGUAAGCACAAUGAAUAGUCAAAUGGGCUUUAUGAUUUUAGCUUUCAACUAAAUAACUAGCAUUGUCCCUUGAUGAUAGAAAAAAGUUUAUAUGAAACUUGAACUGAGCUGGUUAUGCCACUCCAUCUAUUUUUCAUAAGUAUUUUAUCAUUAAGCUGUGUAAACGAUACCUCGUGUCAAAAUUUCUGAUUUUUUGGUAAAGAAAGGCAGGCACAGAAUGCACAGAGUCAGACUGAAAAAGUGUGCAAUGCGUUCUGUAAUGAAAAGCCGUAUACAUUAUGUUGAUAAUGUAAUUAUAGGUAUAUUUGCAGAGCAUAAGUACUCCCCAGAUUAUUAGAGCAGUAGAAGCUUGAGAUUUAAGAAGGGCUUUUUAAUGUGAAAUAUAAUGCUUCUUAUAUAUUAUUUUGCCCAGAACUUGAGAGAAUGGUAAUCAAGUAGCCUUCUGUUGCAAGAUCCAUUUUAAUCACAUGAAAUGAAUGCUCUCAGAAUGCUUUAAGGUCUAUCAGAAGCAAUUUUGCUUGUGGUAGUGUCCUUUACCAUGACAUCAGAUCUGCUUUGAAGAACUCUACAUCAAAGGCCUCUGGUGGUCUGGGGAGGUCAUUGCAGCUGCCACGUCGUCAGGGUCGUCUAGAGUAUAACUCCAGACUGGACUGCUGGAAGAGUGGGGCAACAGACCAUAAUGUCUGUACACAGCACUGUAAUGAAAAAUGUGAAUAUUUUGUCCUUGUCCUUGUCUGAAAAUAAUUUAAAAUCAUGUUAUUAUCAUGCAUGCAUUUGUUAAGUAUAUGAAAUUUGUACAGUCAACAUAGAUUUUCCCAUGUCCAUGACACUGCAGAAUACUUGUUUGCAGGUCUGUUAUAAUGAACAGUGUGAGUAAGUUUUCUGAGUGCAUUUACACAACCAGUCAUUGAUUUAUACAUAUACUGUACUUUGAAAGCUUCUUUUUAUUUGUGUUUUGACAAUUGUGGUUGUAUAGGGAUACAGCUUGCAUGAUCCACUUCCUAACCAAAAGAUCUAAAAGGCUGUUUCAUGAAAUAUACAUAAUGAUCUCAUUACUCUGUAUGUCAUGGGAAAUAUUUUCUCAGACAUUAAUUGUUGGCAUGUUUUGUGGUGGUUUUAAGGCUUUUGUUCUGGGUGCUGGAUGUAAUGUACUCAUUCUCUUCAUCUGGGUACUGAAUGCAGUGAAUGGCCUCUCUCCUUCUUUUGGGUGCUGGAUACAGUGAACUGACUCUCCUUCUUGUCUCUGUAUGCAAUAUCCAACUUUUCUUCAUUAUCAUAUGAUUUAACAUAGUAUUAUGAUAAAUUAAAUACUUGUAUGUA